GAAGCAUGGCGAUGGCAGCAUCAGGCAUCAGCGGUGGAACGUCAUAUGAAAGUGAUCAAGGCAAAGAUGAAGGAUGUGAAGAUCCGAAACCGAGCCAGAGUUCGGCUCAAGAACAGAAUACAGAACAAAAACCCGUGUGUCUCAUCGUUCUAGGAAUGGCAGGCUCAGGGAAAACAACUUUUGUGCAGAGGCUGACGGUGUACCUGCACAGCAAGAAAUCUCCUCCAUAUGUCAUCAAUCUAGAUCCUGCCGUUCACGAGGUGCCUUUUCCAGCCAACAUUGAUAUCAGAGACACUGUCAAUUACAAAGAAGUCAUGAAACAAUAUGGUUUAGGCCCGAAUGGCGGAAUUGUCACAUCUCUGAAUCUGUUUGCAACACGAUUUGAUCAGGUCAUGAAGUUUAUUGAGAAGAAACAAAGUAGCCAUCAGUAUGUUUUAAUUGACACUCCCGGACAAAUAGAGGUGUUCACGUGGUCUGCAUCUGGAACUAUCAUAACUGAAGCGCUGGCCUCCUCUUUUCCCUGCGUGGUCAUCUAUGUGAUGGACACGUCUCGGAGUGUGAACCCGGUCACUUUCAUGUCCAAUAUGCUCUACGCCUGCAGCAUUCUAUACAAGACCAAAUUGCCUUUCAUAGUUGUCAUGAAUAAGACGGACAUCAUUGAUCACAGUUUUGCGGUGGAGUGGAUGCAGGAUUUUGAGGUUUUCCAAGACGCUUUGAACCAGGAGACAUCUUAUGUCAGUAACCUGACUCGAUCAAUGAGUCUGGUCCUGGAUGAGUUCUACACCAACCUGCGGGUUGUCGGCGUGUCUGCAGUCACUGGUUCUGGGCUUGAUGAACUGUUUGUACAUGUAGCAGACGCUGCUAAAGAAUAUGAAGCAGAGUAUCGUCCUGAAUAUGAGCGUCUGCACAGAAAGCUUGCUGAGGCUCAGAGUCUGAAACAACAGGAACAGUUAGAACGCCUUCGGAAAGACAUGGGAGCAGUUUCCAUGGAAACCACAGCUCCAACCGAAAAUCCAGAUCUCAGUGGGCCCAGUGAUCUCAUCUUUAACCGUGGCAACCCAGAUGAAGCUGAGGAAGAAAUAGACAGUGACACAGAUGAUAUUGAUCACACAGUUACAGAAGAGAGUAAAGAGGUCACUGCGUUCGAGAACUUCCUGCAAGAGAGGAGGGAAAUAGUGCAGGUGCGCAACAAGAAGACACCGUGAUGGCAGGAAAUGCUAGUCUCUUUGCAGAGUUCCAUCACAAGUUAAAAUUUGACUCCUGAAUUUGACUUUGGAAGACUUCGAAAUGUGUUGUGGCAGCUCAUUUGGACAUUUCGGCAUGAAUCUGCUUGUGUGCUGGAGUUGUAGCUACAUGCACGUCUUGCUACCACACUAUACUUUGUCUGCGCUGAGAUUGCUAUGGGAGUCCUUAGAGAUGCAUUUAAAAAAAAUCGUUUUGGAAUGUAAAAUAAUCUGUGACAUCAUGCACAGAUUAGUCCUCAUUCAAAUCAGGAAAUGUUUGUUAGCUUGUUAGAGGUCUCUUUAAAGUGUCAGAAAAUGACUUGUUUUUCUGUUGGGUAUUGUAUUUAUCUGUCAAUUAAACCCAUAAUGUCUUUUAAAUCUUGGUACACAAGCUCAAACAUAGGCAGUUUCUUAAUCGAAAAUGUACUCCCUGUAUCCAUAAAGAUGAGAAUAUCAUAAACGUAUGUUUCUAUCAUG